AUGUGUGGUAUUCUAGCCGUUCAUCGUGUUGCUGAGGAUAUUGAAGCCUUCAAGCCCAAGGCUCUUUACUUGUCAAAACAAUUGCGCCAUCGUGGGCCAGAUUGGUCUGGUAAAGCUAUUCGUAACAAAACUAUUCUUUGCCAUGAGCGCUUGGCCAUUGUCGGUGUCGACAGUGGUGCCCAACCCAUUACCUCUGAGGAUGGUAAGCUGGUUCUCUCUGUCAACGGUGAAAUUUACAAUCACCUUCAAUUGCGCCAGUCUUUGAAGAACUCUUACAACUUUAGAACUCACUCCGAUUGUGAAGUCAUUCUGUACUUAUACCAGGAACAUGGCGCCGCUUGUGCUGACCUCCUCGAUGGUAUGUUUUCUUUUGUCUUGUAUGACCAAAACAAGGACAAAGUGGUUGCUGCUCGUGACCCCAUUGGUAUUACCACUUUGUAUCAAGGUUUCAACUCUCAAAGUCCCGAAACUGUGCACUUUGCUUCUGAGUUGAAGGCUUUGCAUCCUGUCUGUGACAAAAUUAUUGCUUUCCCUCCUGGUCAUUACUAUGAUUCGGAAACCAACCAAGCCGUUCGUUAUUUCAACCCCUCCUGGUGGGAUGAAGACCGCAUCCCCACUAAUCCCGUCGACUAUAAGCUUCUUCGUGACUCUUUGGAAGCUGCUGUCCGCAAGCGUCUUAUGGCCGAGGUUCCUUAUGGUGUUCUUCUCUCUGGUGGUUUGGACUCUAGCUUGAUUGCAUCUAUUGCUGUUCGCGAAACUGAAAAGAUUGUUAAUAGCAAAGAUACUGAAAGUGAAGAAGCCCGUACUAUCAUGUCUUGGCCCAAGGUUCACUCCUUUGCUAUCGGUUUGCCAGGCUCUCCUGACUUGCUUGCCGCUCGUAAGGUCGCCGAGUUUUUGGGCACCAUCCACCAUGAACACACCUUCACCAUCGACGAAGGUCUCGACGCCCUUCGUGAUGUUAUUUUCCAUCUUGAAACUUAUGAUGUUACUACUAUUCGUGCCAGUACACCCAUGUACUUGCUUUCUCGUAAAAUCAAGGCCCAAGGUGUUAAAAUGGUCUUGUCUGGUGAAGGUUCUGAUGAAAUCUUCGGCGGUUAUCUUUACUUUGGCAACGCUCCUAGUCCUGCUGAUUUCCAUUCUGAAUGCGUUCGCCGUGUCAAGGGCUUGCACUUGGCUGAUUGUUUGCGUGCCAACAAAUCCACCAUGGCUUGGGGUCUUGAAGCUCGUGUUCCCUUCUUGGACAAGGAUUUCUUGGAAGUCACUCUUAACGUUGAUCCUAAAGAAAAGAUGUACAUUAACGGCCGUAAAGAGAAGCACAUCAUCCGUAAGGCCUUCGAUACAUCCGAUGAGCCAAAUGUCAAACCAUACCUACCCGAAGACAUUCUUUGGAGACAAAAGGAACAAUUUUCAGAUGGUGUCGGUUACUCUUGGAUUGAUGCUUUGAAGGAUACCGCUGAGUUGGCUGUAUCAGAUGAAGAAUUCGCUGUACCUAGAAAGGAAUGGGGCAGCGAUAUUCCUGAUACUAAGGAAGCUUACUGGUACCGUAAAAUGUUUGACGAAAUCUUCCCUGCGCAAUGUGCCGACACAGUUAUGCGCUGGAUUCCCAAGGCAGAAUGGGGUUGUCCUGCUGAUCCUUCUGGUCGUUUCCAGGCUUCUCACGUUGCUCACCUUGACUAA